AGUACUUGUUUGCAUAAUGAUAAGGAAAAUUCAUUGUUUUUCGUUAGAUUUUGCUGUUUAUUUCAAACUACAUUCAUCUUAGAUAAAUUUAAGGAAUUUUGUAACAGAUAGCGCGCUUUUUGCGAUCAAUUUGCCAUUCAAAAACUAGAUUAACAAGUACUAAGCAUGAAAAGGUGACCUCCAUCUCUAGAUAGUAAAAUUUGGAGACAGCAACGACGCAGAUGCUUCAAAAGAUAAACUAAAAACAGAUGUACUGCCUGUUCAGCGUAUCUCACUGUUCUGCACUCAGAAUGCUCGACCAAUGAAAAUCAGGCAUGAGCAAUAAGAGAAGUUGAGAUGACGUCAUACGCUUGGAAUCCACACUCGUCAUUGGCGAACCGAAAAAUAUUACAUCAUCAUUGAUGACCCAUGUUUCGCUAGCAGAAAAUAAAGAUUGGUUAAAUAGCUAUGUGCCUCCACGUGAGCUUCGGCCUCAUGAUUUGCAAAUAUCAAAGGGUGUUAUCAAAUAAAUGGUCACGCGCCCUAAUUCAACAAGAAAAUAUUCUGUUGGGAUGCAACAUCGAUAGCUGCUGGUGUAUUUUGUUAAGCUUUUACAUUUAGUUUCGAUUGUAAUAUUCCCUGAUCAUGGGCAAAAAAGGAAGGGGAAAGAAGGGAAAGACGAGGAGGAACAAUGAGGCAUCCAAAACCCUGGAGCCAGAGGAGCUGAAGCGCGCUGCCCACUCGUUUGUCGUCUCCCGAGGGCGGACCGGGAAAUAUGUGAGCCAGCUGGUGAUGAACUUCAGGAAGGUCAUGGAGCCGUUCACAGCGUCACAGCUCAAGGCCAAAGGCACAACGGUCCGCGACCUGGCGUCGGUGGCCGGCCCGCUGGGGGUGACCCACCUCUGCCUCUUCACGCGCAGCCAGAUCGCUACCUACAUGAAGCUGGCCAAGUUUCCUCGCGGACCCACCAUAACGUUCCGGGUGCUCGACUACACGCUGUCCCGGGACGUCCUCCAUUCGCUGAAGCGGAUGGUCACAUACAGCAAGCAGUUCCUCCACGGCCCGCUGCUGAUCCUCAACAACUUCAGCGGCGCCGAGCAGCACCUCCAGCUGACGGCCACCAUGCUGCAGAACAUGUUCCCCGUGCUGAACGUCCACAAGCUGAAACUGAACACGCUCCGGCGGGCGGUGCUGUUCAGCUACAACGCCUCGGACGGCACCAUCGACUUCCGCCACUACACGGUAAAGGUGGUGCCGGUCGGCAUCUCCAGGGGAGUGAAGAAGCUGGUCACCCGGCCCGCGGUACCCAACAUGGGACGGCUUCAGGACAUGGCCGACUUUGUGGUGAAGGCGGGCUACAUGUCGGAGUCUGAAGGGGAGGAUGACCCCAGCUCUCACGUGGAGCUGGCGCAGCCGGUCCGGUCCAGGGGUAACAUGGUGAACGCCCGGUCUGCCAUCCGACUCAUAGAGCUCGGUCCCAGACUGACCCUGCAGGUGAUAAAGGCCCAGUCCGGUCUGGUCGGAGGAGAGGUGCUGUUCCAUCAGCUGAUCACCAAGACAGAGGAGGAGAUAGAGGCCACCCGACUGAGGAGAGAGCAGAGAGAACAGCUGAAGGCCCGCCGGCGCGCCGAGCAGCAGAGCAACGUGGAGCGUAAACAGGCGCUCAAAGAGGAACUGAAACAGAGGGCCAUGGAUGGCAUGAAGAGGGCGAUGGCAGCGGCCGCCGCCACCAACAGCGGCUCCUCCGACUCUGAGGGAGAACCUGAGGAAGACGCUGCUGCCUCUGACGCUGAGGAAGGCCAGGAAGACGGUCCCGCCGCCGAGACUUCCAAACCCUCCGCUGGGGGAGACAGUGAAGGAAGUGUGACAGAGGAAGGGGAAGAAGAUGGAGAAGAAGAUGAUGAUGAUGACGCCGAGUGGUAUAGGAAGGAGGUGGGACAGGAGCCUGACGAAGAGUUCCGCUCUCUGGCCUCCGGCUCCGGGGGCGCGUCCCGCUCCGUCGCCAAACGCUACACCAAGAAACGCCCCGGACCCGGCGAGCCACCACGGGGAGCCAAACGAGGCCGGAGGGAGGAGGAUAAAACUAGCGCCGCGGAGCGCUGGAAACCGCGGAACAAACGGGGGAGGCCCAUAUCGGGGACGAAGGUCCGACGGAAGCAGACAGCCGGCGCGGGAAGGCGGUGAUUGGCUGGGAGGGUUGGAACGGGGGCGAUGAUUGGUUGAGGUGGGUGCGAGGCGGUUUGUGAUUGGUGGGUCACACGCAGAUGUGCUGCUGGUGACUCGUAUGUGCGUUGUGUGUAUGCGCGUGACAUGGUAUGGGAGUAGUGCCCGGACCGACGCCUGGCGAUGAACUGCUGUUGCCGACUGGUUGCCGACUGGUUGCCGACUCAUAAUGUCGUUAAUAGCCGACUCUGAGAGCGGA